UGGUGGGGGUGGCUACGCAACAAGCAGUAUGGAUGAUUUCAGUAGCUACAUACUAAUCAUCAGACCGACCGUGUCUGAGAACAGGGACAAUAUUCCGGUAGGCAACAGCUUCACCAUGUAUGAAUAUAACAAUUUCUUAGUUUUUUUUUUCUUUGGUAAAAAAUAUUGUUCCAGUGGAGAAUAAUAUGUCUAUUUAUUAGAUAGAUAGAUAGAUAAGAGAAAGUAAGGACUGGACGGAGGUAUUGCCUCUCCGGUUAUGGAAAUGUUUUCCUGCUGCCACAAGUGAUCGUGUUUCUCUGAUUCUACUGACAGAGGUCUGGAAUGCCAAAAAAACAGGGUCACUUUGGGGAGUGGGCUGCCCGGCGCACCUCAAAGACUGCCAAGAGUAACAGUGCCACCCUGCGGGCAUCCCAGGGUGGCACCCACAGGGAACAAUCUGGAAUGGGUGACAUGAGCAACCACAUGCUGCGCUAUGACUCAGAGAAGGACUCCGAAAAAGACUCAGGAUACUCAGAGGCUGGUUCAGACUCUGUACAGACUGAUGUAGACGACCAGCGCAGCAGUGUGAGCAAACCUCACAGGGAAAGCAGCAAAAGCUUGAACAACAACACCAGUGUGAAUACUGCAGCCCACAAUAUGCCUCCUUAUGAGGAGCUUACCCCCUGUUACGUCAUCAAAAACCUGGUGGUUAAGCCGUCUAGACCGGAGGAGCUUCUGCAUGGCCCCCUGGCGUGGGGUGGAGGUUGGCACAGCCUUACCAAUGCUAAAGCGCCCAGCCAGCUCUUACUGAUCCAACAGCCAACAAUACCUGCUACUUUCUCCUCUACCUCGACUCAUUCAUCCAGUCUAGCUGCACCACAAGUUCAAGUAAAGAGAGGACACAGCCGCAGCAACCAGAACCACAGCAGCAAGGACUCAUACCUGCCCAUCCUGAAUUCUUACCCUCGCAUCGCCCCCCAUCCUAGGAAGGAGAGCCAUGAGGGCAAGGGUGCCACAAGGGUGGAGGGGGUUAAGAGUGUCAGUGAAGGCCAAAGCCAGAGCAAGAGAGUGUGCAUUGAGGAAGAGAACAUUGAGGAAGAGAAGAGAGAGGCUGUACCUACCACUAGUCGCCUCCUGAAGCACCAGAAGCAUCAGAAUGAGGGUAGGGUCCAUCCCAACUGCCAGUAUAAAGUCGGAGGAGGGCACAGCUCUUUCCCCAUUUCAUCUCACUGCCUGCUGCCCAGCCACGCCUCCUCAACCACCCAGCACAUGGCCCACCAAUGCCAACAAAGCUUGGGCUCUGACAGCACAGGCUCACCCUCCGUCUCACCACCUUCUUCCUCCAACUCCCCCCCAACCUUCUCUCCUCCCUCUUCAUCUCCCUCUUCCUCCACGGCUCACAGCCCAUAUCAACUGGCUCCAGACAGCUCACCCACACACCAUCGACGUUUCCUCAACACAGCUGAGAUCUUGAACCAGUCAGGCCUGCUGGCCAUCACACUACGCACCAAGGAGCUGCUGAAGCAGAAUGCUGCCACCGAGAGAGAAAUUGCCCAGCUUCAUCAGCACACUCAUUUCCUGUGCCAGGUAGCCCAGGCCAGCCAGAACGGGUGCAACAAAGGCUCAGAUAGCCUUGACAAAGUCCUCCUGGCCAUGACUAAGUCAGGCUGCUACCCAAACUUAGACUUAAAUCAACUGAAAGUGCUCAGCAGCAACCAACAGACCAAUACUAGAGGUGAGAAUGACAAAGAGACAGAUAACAACAUUGAAAUCAUCAAGACAUACAACAACCCACCGCAGGUGGGGUCUUUACACAUAGCUGAUGGAACAUCACCACCCUCUCCGCUGUUUGCCCCCUCGCCAGACACAGAAGACAAAGAUGUGCAUGCUUCUGGAUCCAAUGUCCACCUCCCUGUCUGUUUCUUUUCCCAGGUCUGUCCCUAAAUAGUGAUGCAGAAAAGUAGUCAUGGACCAGAAGUUAAGUGAUCUCACUAUGUUGCCAGAAAGUUCAGCGCACAAAAACUAUCUCCUCUAGCUUCCUGGAUCUGUAAUGACUAGUAGGGUAACAUGUGGACCUAGCAAUACAGGAGAGCUUGAGUUUUGUUUGAAUUGUGCAAAAUGCCAGAGUAAAACAGAAUAUGGCUAGUUGAAAGGGUACAUGAUGAUUUUCGUAUUUACACACAUAGUUUAAAGUUGAACAUGAUUGAUAUAUUUUCAUACUUUUAGUCAGGGAUUUGCUGUUU